AUAAUUUAAUUAAUUAAUCAAUUAAACACCAUUUGUUUAUUCUUUAGUUUAAUAAAAAAAUAGUCAGACUUAUAUACAAAUAUAGCAAGCAUUAUUUAGAAAAGUUUAACAGAAUUCAAGGAUAUGUCUCAAGCUAGUCUAUUAUAUUAACACUCUCCUAUUAGAACUAAAUUUGAGUAUAACAAUUUUGGGGAACUUAUUUAAAAACAAGGAUCACCAAGAGUUGCAUUUGCUGAACCUGCACCAAAACCUUAAUAAUUUCUUAUGAAUGGAUACAACAGCUAAAAUAAUUAAAAUUAUGAUAGAUAAAAGUAUGUACUAGCAAACUAUGAAGAUCAAUAUAAUAAAAUUAAAUAAAAGUAAUUUUCUUCUGAUAAACCAAAUAAUAUGGCAUUUGAUCCUAAAAAUUAUAAAAUGUAGUUAGAAAGGUUGUAUGGAUAAUAAAAUCCUAGAUAUUCUAAUGCUACUAGCACUUAAAAUCCAUUCUAAAGAGCUUCUUAGGAUAUAGUUAAUCCAAAAAAUGAUUUAAGCUAGAAUCAUUUAUCUAAUCAAAAAGUAUACUAACCAAAAAAUUAUGGGUUUUAGGAUUAUCAAGUGAACAAGGACUACGAUUAAGUACAAGCUUCUCCAAAUACUACAAGAUCACCCUAAUAAAGAGCAGCAAAUAUAGCAGAUAUGUAUGGCUCUUAAUCAUCGUUAUUUAAAGAUGAGAGGUAGGUUGAUUUAUCAAAUUAAAGAAACGAUUAGCACUUAUAUGUGGGAGAUUUAUAUAAAAGCUUAAGACCUGAAUAUACAAACUUAAAUCUGCGUUCUCAUUUAGAUAGGGUAAUAAAACCCAACGAUGUACUAGAUAUAGGGGAUAAAAAACGUUUUUUAUCAAUAGGUAAACACUAAGAACCUAUUCUAUCAAAUUAAUAGGCACUAAAAACUACUAUGGAUAUGCUUAAUUCUCCUUAAUAAUAGUAUCAAUUAAUAAAAUCAUAAUCUGUAAAUAAAAUUGAUCCACUUUAUUUACUUGAGAGAGAGAACAGACAAUAUGCUCUAUCAGUAAAUGAUUCUGUAGAUUCAAUGUUCAAUAUAUCAAAAAAACUCAGAUAAUUUAAAGAUAUGAUCAGACAUUCUACUAAUUAAAGUGAAAUGGCUCACUUAAAAUCAGCUGUUUAGCGUAGAAUCUUUUCAAAAACUAAAUAAGAAGAAAGAUAGUCGAAAUUAGUAGCAUUACUUGGGUCAGAAAUGUAUUAAUAGCCAAAGCCUUAGUUUAUUUAUUUAUAAAACAGAAAUUCUUGA